AUGUCCGUGGGCCCGCGGAGCACGCAGAGAGAGGGGACGACCGUGACAACCAUGUCACAGCGGCUGCGUGCGCGCCGCUGUGUUUGUCGAUUCCCUCUCUAUGCGCAGGUUCUGGUGGCCAUUGUCGCUGGGAUUCUGCUUGGCUGGCUGGCGCCAAACGUUGCCAGCAAUCCCUGGAUCAAGGCGAUGGGGACGCUCUUUGUGAAGAUGGUCAAGAUGGUGAUUGCCCCCAUCAUUUUUUGCACGGUGGUCAGUGGCAUCGCCCACGUGGCGGACGCAGCCAAAGUAGGCCGUGUUGCUAUGAAGGCCAUCAUCUACUUCGAGGUGAUUUCCACCUUGGCGCUGGUCAUCGGUCUGCUUGCAGCGGAGCUGGUGCAGCCAGGCCGCGGCAUCAACGCGACGCUGGACCCAGCGGCGGCUGAGAAGUUCGCUAAGGACAGCGAAUCCCAUUCCACGCUGGAUUUUGUGUCGAACAUCAUCCCAGCCACUGUGGUGGGUGCGUUUGCGGAAGGCGAAAUCCUGCAAGUGCUCUUCUUCUCCCUUAUCUUCGGUUUCGCUUUGAUUGGCCAGGGGGACAAAGUGGAGGUGCUGCACACUUUGGUGGACCAAGUGGGGCAUGCCAUGUUCGGCGUGGUUGGCAUUGUCAUGCGCUUCGCCCCGCUGGGCGCGUUUGGCGCGAUGGCCUUCACUGUCGGCAAGUACGGGAUUGGCACACUGCAGAAUCUGAUGGGGCUGGUGGCCACGAAUUACAUUGCCUCCUUUCUCUUCGUGGUUGUCGUGUUGGGCAGUGUGGGCCUCAUCGCUGGCGUUAACAUCUUCCGCUUGCUCCUCUACAUCAAGCAGGAGAUUUUGCUGGCCCUUGCCACCAGCUCCUCCGAGAGUGUAUUGCCAUCGCUGAUGCAGAAACUGGAGGCAGCAGGCCUCUCAAAGCCUGUGGUUGGAUUGGUGGUGCCUUUGGGCUACUCCUUUAACCUGGAUGGCACAAACAUCUACAUGACAUUGACCACGCUUUUCAUCAGCCAAGCGAUGGGUGUGGAGCUGACGUUGGGGGACAAGCUGAAGGUUUUAUCAGUUGCGAUGCUGACCUCAAAGGGUGCCGCCGGCGUGGCGGGUGCUGGCUUCAUCACGCUGGCGGCAACUUUAGGAGUGAUCCACCCAGAGAUGGUGCCCGGAAUGGCCAUGGUGCUGGGGAUCGACAAGUUCAUGGGAGAAUGCCGGACGCUGACCAACAUUUGCGGCAACGCCAUUGCCGCAGUGGUAGUGGCCAUCCUGGAGGGGGAACUGGACCGAGUGCCCAACCUUUUGAGCCGCAAGGUCCAGGAGAGCCUUGCGCAGCGUCGGGUGAAGCCAGUCAGCGCCGACCGUCAGUGGAUCGAGGACUCGGUGAGUGAGCGCAAGGAGCAGGCCGCGUGGGUACAGAACAUCCAGAAGAAGCUGGCAGAAGAGAAGCAGAAAGAAGAGGAGGCGAGCUUGGACCGGUUCUACAAGGACUUGCGCGGCCGGGCGCAGAUCCAGCGGACCCCACUGUCACAGCAGGGCUACCCUUCGCCCCAAACGGGCAGCGAAGAGAGCGACGAGUGGAAUGAGUCAGACGGCGGCUUUGACUCCCCCUGA